GCGACCCGAUACAAAAUCGCCCACAAAACCAUACGCUUUGAAUCGGAAUUUCUGAUAUUUUUCUCUCAAAUGUUUUAAGGUCACUUGAAUUGAAUUGAACUUAGGAUUAUCUAAAUUGAGAAAAAUCUUGAUACGUUUCAUUGUUACUACAUCAUCGUCAUCGUUAUCAUUUGUCCGAAGACCAUUUAUCCUCUCCGAAACUCUCUCGUUCCCUCUCAAAUCUGCUCUUCCUUUGUUGUUUCUAAUCGGCAAUUCAACGAACACAUUGAUGGCAAAGUAAUAUAAAGGCUUGUUGUGUAGGAAUUUUCAUUGUGUUUUCUCUGGUUUUUUUUUUUCUGAUGUGAUUGUAGAGGGAAAAAGGAUAAGAUAGAGAGGUAGCGAUGAGUUUCAGAGAAGAUAGUGACGAUGGUAGAGGAGAUCUCAGGAAACCAUUUCUUCAUACGGGAAGUUGGUACCGUAUGGGUUCGAGACAGUCCAGUAUGAUGAGUUCGUCUCAGGCGAUCCGUGACAAUUCUAUAUCUGUUCUCGCCUGUGUUUUGAUCGUCGCCUUGGGGCCUAUCCAGUUCGGUUUCACCGGGGGUUUUUCUUCGCCUACCCAGACUGCUAUUAUGGAAGAUCUUAAACUGACUGUGUCUGAGUUCUCUUUGUUUGGUUCGUUGUCGAAUGUGGGAGCUAUGGUUGGGGCAAUAGCUAGCGGCCAGAUUGCCGAGUAUAUUGGGCGAAAAGGGUCUUUGAUGAUCGCAGCGAUCCCUAAUAUCAUUGGCUGGCUAGCCAUAUCAUUUGCCAGAGAUUCUUCGUUUCUGUACAUGGGAAGGUUGUUGGAAGGAUUUGGUGUGGGAAUAAUUUCUUACACGGUGCCUGUGUAUAUUGCUGAGAUUGCACCACAAAACCUGAGAGGGGGGCUGGGUUCAGUGAACCAGCUCUCUGUCACCAUUGGAAUAAUGCUCUCAUAUUUGCUGGGGAUUUUUGUUAACUGGAGAAUGCUUGCUGUUUUUGGAUCAUUACCUUGUCUAAUAUUGAUACCUGGCCUAUUUUUUAUUCCAGAAUCUCCUCGGUGGUUGGCAAAAAUGGGAAUGACAGAUGACUUCGAAUCUUCUUUGCAAGUUCUUCGUGGGUUUGAUGCUGAUAUCUCUCUGGAAGUAAAUGAAAUCAAGAGGUCUGUAGCAUCAACAACCAGAAAAACUGCAAUCCGUUUUGCUGACCUGAAACAGAGAAGAUAUUGGCUUCCUCUGAUGAUAGGAAUUGGAUUACUUAUGCUGCAACAACUAAGUGGGAUUAAUGGUGUAAUGUUCUAUUCCAGUAGCAUUUUUCAAUCUGCUGGGAUUUCAUCAAGUAAUGUUGCUACAUUUGCACUUGGUGCUGUCCAGGUUAUUGCCACUGCAGUUGCUACAUGGUUGGUGGACAAAACAGGCCGCAGGCUUCUACUUAUUGUCUCCUCCUCCGGAAUGGUUCUUAGCCUCCUAGUUGUUGCAGUUUCAUUCUUUGUGAAGGAUUGUGUCUCGGAGAGUUCAAACACGUACAGUGUAAUGGGCAUUGUGUCGGUUGUUGGGGUUGUGGGUCUGGUUGUUGCAUUUUCUCUUGGAGUGGGGCCCAUUCCGUGGAUUAUAAUGUCUGAGAUUAUGCCCAUCAAAAUUAAAGGGCUUGCAGGAAGUGUAGCAACAUUAGCCAACUGGUUCAUUUCUUGGGGGAUUACGAUGACUGCACCCUUGCUCUUGACUUGGAGCAGUGGAGGAACUUUCACCGUCUACAUGCUUAUGUCCAUCAUUGCUGUGGCAUUUGUGGCGAUUUGGGUCCCUGAGACAAAGGGAAAAACUCUAGAGGAGAUUCAGUUUUCGUUUAGAUGAUAAUAAUGUGUUGUUUCCCCUUCACCUGUUGAAAAAAUAUUGUGCCGAGGCGUGUGAUCUUUGUCUUUUCUUCAUUUUCUUUUUCUAUUUUAUUUUAUUUUAUUUUAUGUUGAGGCUUUUUGAAAUGUUUAAUUUUUUGGGGGAGAAACAAUCAUAUGUCCAUGGCUACUCCGCCACCCUAGUGAAUAAAUUAAUUGUAAUGUUGAUACAUUUCUAGUCCUACGGUGAAAAUAUGCUGCAAUGUUAAAUACAUUGAUAUAUUUAUUUUUUAAAAU